CCAAGCUACUGCUGCCGCAGCAACAAAAUACUUGGUAGGCCUUUGUGGACACGAUCACACUGAUGCUUCUUCGGUAUUCGCAGGCCAAUAGUCAUCAUUAAUCGAUCUUAAAGCACAGGAACAAUCAGGUUUUAUUUUAUUUUUAAGAGUCGUCUGGAGGAUUUGUAGCGUGACGCGUGCGCAACUAGCCCGUUAGCCAAAGUUAGCGGACGAACACUUAAGUCCGAAAACUUUUUGUUUUAUUAAUCAUAACACGAGAACGGAAUUCUUUUAAUUUUAUAACCAAAGCAACAUUAGUCUGGAUAAAAAGACAACAUUUGAUUGACGGUAUUGAGGGCGUGUUUGUUGCUGUGGACAUUAUGCAGAGCCAUUUGUUGGCGUUCUUCAUAAUACAUUAAAGGGGUUUGAACACACAGUAUGUAGUUGUGUUCGUCUUAAUUCAUGCGCACUUGAAUAACUCGUAACACAGUUAUCUAGUGUUGGAUGCGUUUUAUUCCAAAGUGAUAGUUGGGUCGGACGCUGCCAUGGGCGCUUUGGCUGGCAAAUAUUGGAAACCACAAUCUGAACUUUGUUCUCAUAAACACUUUGGCUGAUUUGCAAGUGAUGCACGAACUUCAGUUGUGCUGUAACUGGCCAUGGAGCAAAGAGAGGGUGAAUAAAUGAUGACAUCAUUUUUAUUUUUGGAUGAACCGUCCCUUUAAGACAUAAUAAAAUACCUUUGUGAUGCAGUAAUAGCAAGAUACAAUAAACAAGAACACAUUUUCUCAAGCAAUGAGAGCAACCGAGCAAUGAGGCUAGACGCACUUUUGACAAGGUGAUCGUGUGUUCAAGACGGUGUCCGAUAACAGCUCAGGCAUUCAGAACACAAAUUGUUUCCUUCUAAGGAAAAGGAGCUGGAGGAGAUCAGCCUCCGCUUGCGCAGGGAUGGUCUGUCCCCCGAAGCUCCCUUGGAGGAGCGUGAGCGCCACCUGUGGCAUAUGUUCCAGUCCAGUGAGAGCAGUUUGACCUCAGCUACAGAGGACCUGCAAACUUUACGCACACAGCAGGCCGCCGAGAUGCGAGAGGUUGAAAAUUACGUGGAGCAUAUUCGAAGAAUGCUGGAGGAGCGUGAAUCUCUUACGGCCGAGUACGAGCGUGAGAACGAACAGCUUCGUGCUGAGCUCGCUCAGAUGAAACACCAGCAGGACUCUCAGUGUAAGGAGGUGGUGGAGAUGCUGGAGCAGGAGGGUCUGGCAGAGAUCAGCCAGAGCAGCGCCAGCGAGCAGGUGGCUUACCUGCUGGUCGAGAGAGUUACACUGCUGGAGAGACUGGAGGCUGCUGAGAGAAAGCUGGACACUCAGACACUCACCGGCAACCUCAGAGAGGUGCAUCUGCAGGAGGAGCUGGAUCGUAUCCGUCAGACAACGGAAGAGGAACUAAGGCAAACCAUGCAGCAUGCGAAGGAAAAUGUAAACAAGUUUGUGCCAAUUCUGCGUUCCUCCUUAAAUGGACAGGAAUCAUCAGUUCAAAGUCCUUGGAGGAAGUUCUUUGGUGUGCGAAAGGCUACACUUAGAGCACAGAACCUUGUUCCUACCCACAAUGAUGAGCUCAAUAGAGAGCGCACAGAGCGUCAGAGGUUGGAGAGGGAUCUGGAAGAGGCAUCAAGUCGUCUUGCUAUGGCACAUAAAGAGAUUCGCCACCUAACAGAUGAGCUGGAUGUGGCUCGUAUGGUCCAGAAUUUGGAUGCACCAGACCUGCAGAGGACUGGAGAAGAAGUGGAGCAGUUAAAACAGGAAGUGGACAAGCUUAAACAUUGUGAUAUGGUGGAGCUGCAGAAGGCCAAGGAACGCAAUGAAAGACUGGAUGUGGAGAUUCGAGUAUUGCGGGAUAGAGUUCGCUCCUUGGACACAGAGAGGAAGACUCUUAUUGAACUGGUUGAACAAUCAAAGAUGAACUUGAAUCAAGGGAAAAAUGUCGAUCCAGAUCCCUCUCCAGCUACACAGGAUGAGAUACUUCAUAAAAAGUGUCGGAGGGCGUCUGAAGAUAAGGACAGCCGUCUUCGCGAGCUGGAGAGGAGGUUACAGAAACAGCAGCGGGAGCACGAGGAGCUGGUGGAGAGAAACGAGGAGUUGGAGGCGCUGCUGGGGGAGGCGCAGAAUGCGGCAAAGGCCGAGCGAGAGCGACAUGAGUGUGAGAUGGAGGGCUUACAGAGAAACAUUAAAAGUAUAGAACACGAGAUGAAUAGGAGGAACAUUAAGAAACCUGAGAAGAACAGUGAAGAUCAGGUUAAAGAAUCUGGUGUAGAGCUUAAAGAGAGCGUUCAAGAAAGACUUCAGUUUCUUGAUGGUCGGCUUGCUGAGGAGAAAGGUUGGAGGAAACAGCUUGAGAUGGACCUGUCCGUAGCUCAGUCUGCUCUUAGAAAGGAGAAAGAGGUCAUGCAAAGAGACCACGAGGAGCUGAAGAGGUUGCGUGUGGAGGUUCAGAGACUGGAGGCAGAAUGUCGACAGGGCAAGACGCUUAACAAAAACCUCACGCAGAUUAAAGGAGAAAAGGGAAUCUUGGAAGACAAGGUGGCCCAGUUGGAACGCGCUCAGUCGCGACUUCAAGACAACCUGACACUUCAUACGGAGAACAGUCGGACCGAAGAGGACCUGAGAGAGAGCAGGGCGCAGGUGGCAGAGCUGAAGUCAGUGGUGGAAAAGCUGAGAACAGAAUUGACCCAACUGGAGAAGGAACACAACAGACUAAGGGACGAGCUGAUGGAGAAGCGUGGUCAUGUGAUGCAGCUACAGAAGGAGCUAAGUGAGAAAGCCCAGGUCAGGCUUCAGACCGAUGGAGAGAGGGAAAGACUCCUUCUGGAGCUCCAGCAUGUUAAACAGAAGCUCCAGCAGAUAGCCAGACCUUCACAAGAGCACACAACCAACCUUAUACCCAUCGCAGAAAAUGAGGGGCUGUGUCAGUUGGCCUGUGUGAAGUCAGAGAUGAGUAAACUCAACUCCACGCUGGAGGAAGAGAGACAGCUGGCCGGCCAACACCUGCUGGCCCUGCAGGCCCAGAUCAGUGAAGCUCAGGCCCGGGCUAAGGCUCAAGACUCGCUCCUGCAGCAGAAAGGGGAGGAGAACAAACAGCUUAAACAAGACUUGCAAAGAAUCCAGCACCUUUUCACCUCUGCUGAACGAGAGCUACGCUACGAGAGAGAGAAAAAUCUAGACCUCAAGAGACACAAUGCACUGCUGGAGCAAGAGAAGCUCAAGCUAUGUGCAGAGCUGAAGCAGGCCCAGGCCAAAGCGUCCCAGAUGGAAGGAAGUACAUUAGAGCAGCUGGCAGAGCUGGAGAAACUGCAGCAGAGGGCCAGAGAUCUGGAGCUGGAGAUGGCCAGAAGUUCUCAGAGCAGACAGACUAACAGCAGCUUGAUGGAGGAACUGAAUGCAGAGAGGGCACGCGUGAUCGCUGCCGACAAGAAGGUUGUAGAUCUUCAGCAGCAGCUGAAGAACACUCUGCACCAGCUGCGUCUGGAGGAGGCCCGAGCAGGAGAGACCAGCAAACUGGAAAGAGACACCCGAGAUAUGUCUGAUAACCUUUCUGCCCUCAGAGCCAGAAUGCAAGAGGAACAGCUGCAGAGGAAAUUGCUUGAGCAGAAAGAUGAGGAACUCGAGCAGCAGGUGCGUUCGUGGCGUGCGAAGGAGGCGAAUAUGACGCGUGCCAACUCUGAACUGUCUCAUCGGGUACAUGAGCUGGAGACUCGGCUGCAGGUGCUGGAGAGCGAACUCAACACGACCAGAGAUGAGCAUAAACUCAGUCAGAAGAGCUGCCAUAGGCUCGAAGAGCAACUUCUCUCCUCUCAGCACGAGUCUGAGAGACUGCAAGAGGAACUCAAACUGGUCGUCCAGCAACUUGACAUUAACAUCAGGAGACACAAUGAGAAACAGUCGCAGCAUAAAACCAAGUUACGCAGAGCUAAACAGAUCUUCAUGAAGACAGUAACUCAACAUGAACACAGGAUCCAGCAGCUGGAGAAUGAUCUGGCUCUAGCAACAAGCCUCUCAGAAAAGGAGAAGGACUGGAUUAGGACUGCGACGGACGAAAACGACCAGCUUCUCCUGGAAAGACGAGAACUUCUGCAGCGUAUAAGUGAGGCAGAAGAGAUGGGAAACAAUGGACUGAGAACAGCCUCUACCAUCCAGCAGAGGGUAAAAUUCCUGGAGAUGGAGAAUAAACAGCUGCAAGAUAAAACACUAACACUGGCCAAUCACAUAGGAAUUUUAGACCGUGCUUUGAGAAAGCUUCAGUCUGUGUGUACUGCUGAGGAGGUGAAGAAAUUGUUUCCUUCUGGAGCCGAUGGUCUGUUGCGGACGUCCACUCCAAGUCCAAUACAUGGGCUCUGUGACUCGUGGGGAAUAUUAGAUGCCAUUCGCAAAGUGGGCGAGCCUGGAGCGAAGAGCCUGGAGAUCUCACCUGUGCCCAUCUCACAAUCCACUGACGUGGGUUAUCUAAACGUGACCUCGCCUGUGACUCCCAACCCCAGAUCAGAGCAAGGAGGGAGUCUCGGUGCCACCAGCGAUGAGACCUAAGAGACUACAGUGUCUGACAGAGAAAAGGUACAUCUGAAAAGGCUUCAAAACUGUAAUAUACUAGUUUGAUUGACUUGGGCUGUGUGGCCCCACCAUGUAUUGAUGCAUGUAUUUUAACAGUGAUGGUUAAACCAUGAUUACAUUUACAUUGGAUAAAAGCGUCAGUCAAACGCAUAAAUGUAAAUAAUGCAUUUGGCAGACGCUUUUAUCCAAAGCGACUUUCAUUGCAUUGUAUUAUACAUAUGUUUCUGACUAUGUGUAAUCCCCUGGGAUCGAACCCGUGAUCAUGAUACUUUGUAUUUGGUACUUCAUCGAAGUGGAAUGCCUGAGAUUUUAUAUAAUCUAGAUUAUUAUGUUUGGCCAUUGCCAGCGGAAAGGAAAAUCAUUUCCUGUGGCACAUCUAUGAUGCCAUAAUUUUUGUACAGAUUUACUUUCAUAAGGAACAAGUGAUGCACUUAAAGCACUAUUAACCUGUUUAGAUGGAACUAUCUGCAAGUGUUUACAACUGAAAUGCACUAUUGCUUUGGAUAAGCACAAGUAUUUGAAACGAAGAGUGUUUGUCUUAAUGAGAUCUGGUAGAAAUGCCAGCAGGUUACAAAUGUUACAGAUCAAUGAAGUCAGAAACCUUAUGUUGGUCCAGUGUCUGAGAUGGCCAUAACGGUUUAGUUCACUGUGUAAAGACAGAAGCUUCCUUGUUUUCUAUUUGGGAGUUGAUAAAAUCAUGUUUUUGAGGUACUUAAGUGUGACAAGUUCACGUUUGCUACAUAGUUAAUGUUACUUUUGCUUAGGUGUAGUGUAUGCGUAUGAUAAUGAGUUAUUAAACAAGCCAGUCUUUGGGUUUUGUUUGGCUACUGAUCAAAGCAGACACACAGCUUGUCUUGUCAUCAUAAAACCGGUAGCAUUACCAGCCAUAUGCUAUUUUGAGGAAGGUGAAUAUGUUUUUUGAAUUAAGUUUUUAUUUCGUGUUUUUAUUUAUUUGUAUGUAGUCUUCAUAGACUGAAUUGACCUGUGAUCUGGUAGCAGAAUAAUUCUAAGGAGAAAUAUUGUAAUACCACUCUGAACUGUGGCAUAAGGAUGAAAUUCCUGCAGUUGUGCCUGUACGUUAUUGUGUCCUGCUGCUAUAUAAUAUUAGGAUGCAACGUUCAUAAAAUUUACAUAUAGGGCUUAUGUGAGAAAAAGACAUUUCUGUACAUUGUACACUUUGAAAGAGCAUGUAUUUUCUUAAUAAACUGUUACAUUUU